UUUAAGAGGGUUUGUUACUAUACAAACUGGGCCCAGUAUAGACCGGGUGAUGGAGCCUACAAGCCUGAAAAUAUCGACCCCUCCCUAUGCACUCACAUCAUGUAUGCUUUCGGUAAACUGGUGGAUGGCCAACUCCUUCCAUUUGAGUGGAAUGACGAAACUUCUGGCUCUAAGGGCAUGUUCGAGAGAGUAACCGAUCUGAAGAAAGUGAACAAAGACUUAAAGGUCAUCCUAUCAGUUGGAGGUUGGAACGCAGGCACGGCAGAGAUGACCAAGAUGCUGGCCACACCACAGAACAGGAAAGCAUUCAUCGAGCAAUCUAUAAAAUACUUGAGGAAGUGGAACUUUGAUGGACUGGACAUGGAUUUUGAAUAUCCGAGAGGUGGGGAUAAGCAGAAGAUGACCGCUUUGAUUCAGGAAAUUCGCGACGCGUACACAAAGGAGAGCCAGUCUUCAGGCAAGCCAGCCAUGCAUCUGAGCAUCGCCAUCCCAGCUAGCAAAGAGAACAUCGAUAAUGCUUACGAACUGCACAAGAUAAAAAAUAACUUGGACUUCAUCGGCAUAAUGUCAUAUGACUAUCACGGAGCCUGGGACCGUGUUACUGGCCACAAUUCACCGUUGAAUGCUAAGGAUAAUCUAGCUCUGGUAAUGCAACAAGAAUUUUGCCAAUGUGUGGCAAGACGUUUCAUGCGUACUUUAGAACCAUCGAAAAUAGUAGUAGGCAUGGCACUCUAUGGCAGGUGUUUUACACUGGCCGAUCCCAAGAACAACGGGCUGGGGGCUCCGGUUACUGGCCCGUGUCCGGCAGGUACAUACACUAGAGAGGGCGGAAUUCUAUCUUACUAUGAAGUAAAGUUUAAGUUGUCAAACGGAAUGAUGCUACAAUCUCCUUAUUUGGUCAGUGGAAAUGUUUGGGUUGGCUAUGAUGACCAGAAGAGUCUUGCCAAAAAAUUGGAAUCUGUGAAAUCAAAAAACUACGGUGGCUGGAUGGUGUGGGAUCUGUCGUUUGAUGAUUUCAGCGGGAAGUUCUGCGAUUCAAAGACUAAAUACCCCCUACUGAGCACUCUCAACUCAAAAGCUGUCGCAAAGUAA